CCCACGUCACAUGUGCACUGACAAUAAAAACCCAACCAAACCCUCUGCAAACCAAACCAGGGCUGCCAUCAAAAUCAACCUUCUCUUUUGCAUUCUUGCUUGCUGUGUCUCAAAAUGUCUGCUGUGUGUGUCCUAGAAGGCAAAGUCAAGGGGACCAUUACAUUCACCCCAAGUGCUGAUGGCAACACCUCUGUGACUGGUCAGAUAACUGGUUUAAGUAAGGGUUCCCAUGGAUUCCACAUCCAUCAGUUUGGCGACUACAGUGGAGGAUGUGUUAGCGCCGGUAGUCACUUCAACCCCUCUGGAAAGCAACAUGGGGGACCAACUGAUGCGAACAGACAUGCUGGAGAUCUGGGCAACAUUGAGGCUGGUGAUGAUGGAACCGCAACAGUCAACAUCACAGACAAUCAGAUUCCCCUGAGCGGAGAGAACAGCAUCAUUGGCAGGAGUGUGGUGGUUCAUGCCGAUGCUGAUGACCUGGGCAAGGGUGGAUUUGAGGACAGUCUGACCACCGGACAUGCUGGAGGACGUCUGGCUUGCGGUGUGAUUGGAUUUGCCAAACCAAAAUGACUUGAACGACAGACACUGCCUAGUAAUCUAUAAAUUGACUAUUAAUUAUAUGUACAUGUAGAUAGAUUUAUAAUUAUUCUGAUUCAUUUCCUGUGCCCUGAUUUAAUGAUGAAUUCGAAUGUCAACAUAA